ACCUCAUGCUCUAUUUUUCUGUUCGGGCUCCAGGGAAGGAGAGAAAAACUGAGUGAUGAAAGAGAGGGAAGGGAAGGACAGUGGAGAAGCAGACUGUUGAGGUAAACGACAAGGAGCUCCGGAAUCAUGCUAAAUCAGAGGUGUGUUUAGAGUGAUAGAGAAGAGACAAGGAAAAACCUCGCAUGGUGAAAUCAAAGAAAAAAAUACGUAGGUUGUUGCGAUGAUCACCAAGAAUUUACAGUGAAUGAAAACGCGCGGGAACUCGUGGUGGAGGCAAUCUGAGCUGGAGCACGCAAAGAGAACACACAAUCUCACGGUUAUCAGAGGAGAGCUUCAAAGCGAUUUGGGAGGUAGAUAGUCUGGUGCGAAAAAGAUCAUCGUUAACUGAGAGAAGAUUGAGAUAGAGCCGGAGCAUAAAUCACAGAGACGACUUGGGAAAGGGGAUUUUUAGAGAGAAAGAGAAUCGUGAAGGUGAGGGGAAGAGUUUAAGGUCUCGGGAGCAUGUUAACAGGGGAGAUUUGGGAAUGAAGAGAGAAAAUUGUGAGAGUGUGAAUGUGGAGGAAAUCAGGGAGCAAUCGAGAGCUAGAAUCAAGGGAGAUAAAGAGGAGGGUUUUGGAAUUUGACAGAGGAAGCAGCUCAAAGGCAAAGGCACCAGGUUCACAUCAGUUUGGAAUUUCAUACGUUAUAUUUCUUGCGAAGAAGCGAAGGACCAAGAAGAAUUAAGAUAAUGGAGAUUACAGAGAGUGAAGAAAGUAUACAUGUUCCAAGAGGAGGACCCAUAUAUUUCCCCAAUAUGAUCGGUCCUCUCACCAGCCUACCCAGUUUCCAGGCUUCUCUCUUCCCUCAACUCCAAGAUCUGGAGAGUUUAUGCGUGGAUUCCUCUAAAACCCAUGUCAAUCAUGAUAUAUUGGUUGACGACCUCAAAAUUUUUACUGAUGAAGAAAUAGCGGAUAUGGCUUUCAAGGAAGCUUUUAAGGGCCAAGAUGAUGCUGUAAAGAAUUCUGGACAAGCUUCAGAGGAGAACCCUUGUUCAAGAAUAAAAGAAAGUCAUAAAGAAUUGAGCGAUACAGAUGAGCUUUCAAAAAGCUGCGAAAGAGAGAAGGGUUCAGCUUCUUCUAAGUAUCCAAAUGGAGAUCCCCCUGGAGCCAGUAAUAAUGGAAUGUUGACUAAGAAGUCUGCCAAGAGAAGUCUCAUGAAGAAAAAUGAUCAGCCUAUUGAAGAGGAUUAUAUUGUGAGGGUGGAGCAACUGGCAAAAAUGAGAAAAAAGCAGGAAGAAGACAAAGCAACUGCAAGACUACAUUCCUUAAACAGCUCAAAGAUCAUUGAACUUGCUGCUCCAUCAUCAGAGAAACUUGAAAGAUUAGAGUCCCUUAAGUCAGCUAAGUAUGCAGCGAAGAUGGCGAGGUCAUCAAAUAUUCAGGAGCAGGUAGAUGUCCUGAAUUCUGAAGUUGUUCUUUGUGUUGAGAUCUACCAUAACGUACGGAAAUGGGUGAAGACCCAAGAGUUCAUGGUCCUCGGCAAGCAAAUGUUGACUGAAUUGAGGGACAAGAUUUAUUGCUUGACAGAUGAGAUGAUGAAGAAGGCAGGAAAGCAUGAUCCUUCAGGCUACUUUCUUAUAGAAGAUGUGUUUUACAAUGAUUUAAGGGAUCCAUCAGCUAUAGAUUAUACCGAGCCCAUUUUUGAUUGGCUUAGGAAUUCACAGGAGGAUGCUAUGAGAAAAUGGGAAAGCAUCCUAACUGGUGAGUUACAGAGAAAGCAGAAAGCAGUUUUAGGUGAGGUAACAGCCUCCAACCUGCCUCAGUUCGAGGCUGCUGACAUGCACAAGACACAGUUUUGUGACUUAAGAUUUCGACUUGGUGCUGGAUAUCUCUACUGUCAUCAGGGAGAUUGCAAGCACACUCUUGUGGUCCGAGACAUGAGGUUGAUUCACCCGGAGGACAAUCAUAGCCGAGCUGCAUAUCCUAGAAUCAUAUUUCAGAGAAAACCACGGCCAGAGAAAUGUGAUGUAUGUAAGAUUUACAGAGCUGUAAAGGUGACUAUUGAUGACAAAUGGGCCCAGGAGAACCCUUGUUAUUUCUGUGACUAUUGUUUUUCCCUCCUCCAUUCCGGGACGUACACUGAUUUUUCUGUCUACAAUUAUUUGCAUGAUUACUGAAUCCUCUUAGCACAAAAUCUUACUAAUGUUUGAAAUUUACUCCUGAGACCAAUGAUAUAAUUGGCUGUUGCUUGUUUUUGAU